AUGAGUGGACAGGCUGCUAGUUAUUACAAUACCGGCGAGGGCUUUGGCCAGGGCCAGCCUCAACCGGGCUACAACUACAAUGCACAGAACCAUGGGAAUUACCAGCAGCCCCAGCAGUCUCAGUACCAACAGCCCGAGUUUCAGCAGCCUAUGGGAAACCAGCAACCAAACUAUCAACAGCCUGCAGCUGAGCCCAAACCUCCCCCGCCGUACCAGCAGAACAUGCCGCAGUCUGGAUACAGCUUCGACGAGGCAUUCAAGGUUGAGAAGCCCAAGUGGAACGAUCUGUGGGCUGGUAUUUUGCUGAUCGCAGUCUUCCUCGGAUACGUCGCCGUAUCUGGACUCACCAUCCACAAGUAUGCGACGAACAAAGGCUUCAGUGGAGGAGGGAUCUACGAUGCGGCCAAUGAUUUCUCCUUGAACACCAAUACCCUCGUCCUCUUCGUCUUCGUCCUCGUCGUUGCUCUCGUCUUAUCCUGGCUGUACUUUAUGGGCGCGAGAUACUUUACCAAAUCAUUCAUCUGGGCGACCGGCAUUCUGAACAUUGUUUUCGCUCUCGCGACCGGCAUUUACUACAUCGCGCGCAAGCAGUAUGGAGGUGGAAUCGUCUUCCUGCUAUUUGGUGUAUUUGCGAUCAUCUGUUUCAUCAGCUGGAUCCCGCGCAUCCCAUUUACUGCAUUCAUGUUGCAAACCGCCAUGGACGUGGCGCGUGGAUACGGUCAUAUUUUCCUCGUGAGUGCGCUCGGUGGAAUCGUCACUGUCGCUUUCUCAGCCUGGUUCUCUGUGACGCUUGUCUCGAUCUAUGUCGCCUACGAGCCUGAUUCCUCUGGUACCAAUCCUUCCUGUGCGAAUGGCGGGUGCAGCACAGCUAAGGUCAUUGGAUUGGUUGUCUAUGUGACCUUUGCCAUGUACUGGCUCAGCGAGUGGAUCAAGAAUACCGUGCACACUACCAUCGCUGGUGUGUAUGGGUCGUGGUACUUCUGGAGCAAGUCUGCUGGUGGUAUGCCCAAGGGCUCGACCCGUGGCGCUUUCCGACGUGCGACUACCUACUCUUUUGGUAGUAUAAGUCUGGGCAGUUUGAUCAUUGCAUUCAUUCAGAUGCUGCGCCAGGCAUGUUCGAUCGCUCAGCGACACGAAGCCCAGCAGGGAAAUCUCAUUGGCAGUAUCGCCAUGUGGGUAUUAGGAUGCUUCAUCUCGCUUCUUGACUGGCUCGUCACGCUAUUUAAUCGCUACGCGUUCUGUCACAUCGCACUGUACGGCAAGGCGUACAUUCCCGCUGCGAAGGACACCUGGAAAAUGAUGCGCGAUCGGGGCAUCGAUGCCCUUGUGCAGGAUUGCCUCAUGGGCCCGGUCCUGACCAUGGGCUCGACAUUCGUUGCUUAUGUCUGCGCUCUGCUGGCUUAUCUGUAUCUGCAGUUCACCAAGCCUGCGUACAACAAUGAUGGCGACUUCACUGCCGUCAUCAUGGCGUUCUCUUUUUUGAUUGGUCUGCAGGUCUGUCAGGUCUUCAUGACGCCUAUUGGCAGUGGCGUUGAGACUAUUUUUGUUGCUAUGGGCUGGGAUCCUCAGGUUAUGAUUAAUGACCAUCCUGAGAUCUAUUACAAGCUCAUUGAGCUUUACCCUCAGGUGCAGCAGGCAGUCCAUGCUUGA